AAUUAAGUUAUGAGUUGUUAUAAAUCGCUAUCGCUUAAGCUUAAUUUAUUUUACUCGGGAAAGUGAAGACAUGUUUUGGCUAUUACAGAGGUGCCAUUCAUAAGAUGAUCACACAGCUGAUGGGUCAGAAUGACUUGGUAGAUCUUGAUUUUGAAAAUGAAAUGAUGAAAGUACCAUCCAUUAAGAGGACUCAGGUUAAUAUGGCUGUAUUAACUUCAUGGUAUCAGGAGCUUACAAGUACAGCAGUGCAAGAUGAUCUUCCUUCUAAGUUAAGAGGAUCCCCACAAAAAGUAGCAGGAUAUACUUGCAAGGAUGUAACGUCAUGCAAAGCUAUGGCAUCGCCACACAAGACUAUGGCAUCGCCACGCAAGACUAUGGCAUCGCCACGCAAGACUAUAGCAUCCCCACGCAAGAUAAUGGUAUCCCCAAACAAGACUAUCGCAUCGCCUCGCAAGACUGUGGCAGUUCCAUGCAAAAUUAUGGAAUCUACUUGCAGAACUAUGGAAUCUCCAUCUAAAUCUAAGAAAUCUCCUGCAAAGAAGAUGAAAUUAAGCAAUGAACCGUCUCUGCCAAAGAGAGGCCUUCGUCCACCUCUUGUAGUUAUUUUAGAGGAUGUGGAAAGUUUUCCUGCAAAUAUUCUUCAUGACCUCAUUCUUAUCUGUAGGUAUGUAUACUGUAUGUCAGUAAGUUUUGACUGCAUGAGAGACCUUUCCUGA